AUGGCUGCGAUAACAGUACUAAAGAGAGCAGUUACUGGCACCAUGACGCAGGCUGAUAAUCCCGUCCCCACCUGCAGUGUGCUGCCCAAGCGGCAGCAUACUGCAGAGCACGAAAAGCCCCUGUUGCUGCAUGAAGAACAACUGAUAUUCCCUGAUCAUGCCUCACAACUAUCCUCCGCGGACAUCAUCGAGCCCAUCCAGAAGAACAACAGCAUGGACUCCAUCGCCGGGACCACGCUGCGGAGCAGUCCUGUGUCCUUGUCCUCGACGCAGAUCACUGCUCUUUCAGGCGCCAUUGCUGGGUUCUUAUCGGGCGUGGCAGUGUGUCCCCUCGACGUUGCUAAAACACGACUGCAAGCACAGGGUCUACAAACUCGGUUUGAGAACCCUUACUACAGGGGAAUCCUGGGGACCUUGAGCACCAUAGUAAGAGAUGAGGGCCCACAGGGGCUAUACAAAGGGCUGGUGCCGAUAGUCCUGGGUUAUUUCCCUACUUGGAUGAUAUACUUCUCCGUGUACGAAGUCAGCAAGAAAUUCUUCCAUGGUGUUUUCACCCAGUUCGACUUCAUCGCUCAAUCGUGUGCUGCCAUCACAGCGGGGGCCGCAUCCACUACGCUGACCAACCCAAUUUGGGUGGUGAAGACAAGACUCAUGUUGCAAUCAAACCUCGGGGAGCAUCCUACCCAUUACAGGGGUACGUUCGAUGCGCUCAAGAAAAUAUCUUCCCAGGAAGGUUUUAAAGCACUGUAUGCGGGGCUGGUCCCCUCAUUGUUAGGAUUGUUCCAUGUGGCUAUCCAUUUUCCUAUAUACGAAGAGUUGAAGAUAAGAUUCCAUUGCUAUUCCCGGGCAGAUAACGGAACAUCCAUUGACCUACAACGGUUGAUCAUGGCGUCAUCCGUGUCCAAAAUGAUCGCAUCAACAGUUACGUAUCCACACGAAAUCUUACGAACCAGGAUGCAAUUAAAGUCGGACAUACCAGACUCCAUUCAACGACGGUUGUUCCCGUUGAUCAAGGCAACAUAUGCACAGGAAGGGCUCAAGGGAUUCUAUUCCGGUUUUACUACGAACCUAAUACGAACCAUUCCGGCUUCUGCAAUCACUCUAGUGUCCUUUGAAUAUUUUAGAAAUCGCCUGGAAAACAUUAACUCUGUGGCAAUAUAA